UCUAUUCUGUAUUAUGCAUUUGUAUUGAUUUUGUGCAAGAAGAAAAUGCCGAAGAAAAAAGGAAAGAAGGGAAAGAAAGGGAAAGGAAAAGGGAAAAAAGAUGGAAAACAGGAGUCCAAAGCUGAUAAAGAAUCUGACAUAGAGAAGGCGAAGGCCAACGCUGCCCUUUGGGAAGCUCGGCUAGAUGUGACCGAACGCUCGCGCGUUGAGUACCGCGAGGCAGCCCGCAAGCUCGCGCGAGCCAACGAGGAACUGACCAAUCAGCAGUACCGUGCCGAGAAGGACACCCUGGACAUCAUUGGAUUCAUGAAGAGGACGGAUAUCGAAAAAGAGGAAAAGAUUUCUCAAUUGGAAAACCAAUUAAGAGAGCAAAAAAAUAAAGCCAGAGAAGACAGUGAACAGUUGGUUGCCGAAUAUACACAGAGAAUAAAUGAGCUGGAAGAGAAGUUCAACAAGAGAUCUGAUGAGUUCCGGAUGAUCCAGGGAGAACUCAAGAUGAUCAAGGAGUUCCGGAAGAAGAAGGCCCACAUGGAACAGGAGCUGAGAGACAUCAAAGAGAGCAUGCAUCUCGCAGAUAAGGCUCACAAAGAAAGCCUGUCAAGAAUGGAGCACAAAUUCUUUAGUGAGAAGCUUCGCCUGGAGAAGGAAGCAGAGCAGAGGAUCGCUCAACUGGCAGAGAGAGCCCACAGUGAGGCCAUUGUACAGCUGGAUGAUGCAUCGCGCUCGGUCUUCAAGGAGAACAUUCGGCUCAACGAGGCGCUCAGCUACCACAUGAAGGAGACGGAGGAGAUGAGGAAACUGACGGCGACAUUUGCAGAGGAGAACGAGUCCCUCCUGCAGCACAAGGAGACAAUUGAGUUGAUGCUCAAGGAGAACGUCUCGCAGCUGAAAGAGCAGAGGGAGGAGAUUGCAGAGCUGAAGGGGAAGGUGUUUUCCCUGGAGCAGGCCCUGGGCCUCAUGGCCGGGGAGUUCGAGAGGGAGAGCCAGGAGACGCAACAACGGGCGCUGGUCAGCGCCGAGUCGGGGCGGGUGGAGAUAGCCAAGCUGCAGAGGACCCUGGCCAUGCGGGAGCAGGAGAUGAACCGUGUCAAGCGGCUGGCCCGCGGCGUUGUCGAGCAGCGCACAGAGGUGGAGCGCUUCUUCCAGGAUGCACUGGCACAGGUGAAGCGCGAGAUCCAGGCCAGCAGGGCGCAGCAGAGGCAGGCUGAUCAGCAGAUGUACCUGCGGCAGAUCGCCGCAGCACGGGCCGGUCACCGGGAAUACCCCCCCAUCCGCAGCUUCGGCAAGAACCAGCACAGCACCAACUGCGUCUACGGUGACCUGGAGGAAGCCGAGAAGUGGGCACAUCUGCACGGUACCAAGGUGGACAUCUCUGAACUGACCUGGGAACAGAAGGAGCAAGUGCUAAGGCUGCUCUUCGCUAAAAUGAACGGCCUCAAAACAAGUAAACCCACCCAACCUCCAGCCUUGUCCGAGUCUUCUGAAAGGAACCAUAAUCGCAGCAGUCCAACAGGGGUUAUGGAGGAACCAUCCCAUGGGACUUUCAUCACCCAGGCACCAGUGUCCAGCCAAGUGUCUGAGCCCAGAGGGUUGCCUGACAUCAAGACCAUGUGA